AUGUGCUCCGGUGGGGGUCUUCGUGACGGUGGUUUGCGGUGGAGACUUACGGUUGUGGGGAGAUCCCUUGAUAUCCAUCUCCUUCUUAGAGAGAUCUGGAAGAUCUAUGGUCUAACCUCCCAUCCGCUGAUUGAGAACAAUCUGGGUGAGAAGAUCAUCGAGAGGGAGAAUAAGGAAACUCAAUGGAGGAUUUUCGGAGAUUCAGAAUGGCAUAUUAGGUCAUUGACGGUGAAAUUAGCUGGCGAAUUGAGAGAAUUUGAGAUAGACUCAUACGGAUCUUCACAGAUUUUAUGGGAUACCUUUAUUGGAAUUGUUGGGGUUGUGGAGUUAAUGAGGAAACAUGCAGGAAAACAGAGCACGACGGUGACAACGGGUUUCAAGAUCAAAAUCCCGAAGUUUGACAAUUCGAAGCUGAUUGAGAGUUACUCCAAAACCUUGAUUGGGCGGUGUUUGAAUCCUCAGAAGCAAGAUGUCAAGUCCUUGCUUUAUAUGAUGCCGCGAAUCUGGAAGAUUGAAGAGAAGGUGGCUGGGGCGGAUUUAGGGCUUGGGAGGUUUCAAUUCGACUUUGAUGAAGAAACGGAUAUCAUCGAGGUGUUGAAGAUGGAGCCUUUCCAUUUUGAUUAUUGGAUGGUAUCUCUGGUACGGUGGAAGCCGGUGGUGGAUCCUAACUAUCCAUCUGCCAUCACUUUCUGGGUCAGAGUGGUGGGAGUUCUUUUACAACUCUGGACGGAACCAACAUUCAGGGGGAUCGGUGAGGCUCUGGGGGAAGUGAAAGAGGUGGAUAUUGAUGAGGGGAGGAUUCGGGUGGUGAUGGAUGGUGGAAAACCGCUCAUUUUUGAUUCGCUGGUCGACUUUGACAAUGGGGAAGAGCUCCCAAUCACGCUGCGAUAUGAACGUCUCUUCGGUUACUGUCGAUUCUGCCAUAGCCUUUGCCACGAUCAUACGGUGUGUCUAUUGAAUGGAGGAAACAAUGCGGGUGAGGCAGAGGAGAGGCGUCAGGCGAAUACGGAGAUGGGUGUAAGGGCAACAAGCUACAAGGGGGCAGUGGUGGGAACCUCAUCUGCACAACAACAAGAAAAUGAGCUCAAAUUACAGGAUCGUGUGAGUAACUACAAGGGGAAAGAAAAGGCGGUGGUUACAAGGGACCGUGAAGGUAUCAACCGACGGGAUCAGAACAAUGGUUACCAUAUGAGUGAUCGUCGUCAAGGGGAAUCUACCUCAAGGGUGUAUAGAAAAGGACACCCAUCGAGACGGUCUAACGGGGAUGUUAAACAGCGGAAAGGAGAAAACAACAGAGGGGAACACUGGUACGGCAAGGGACAGGAACUAGCCGAUAAUGCGGGGAGACAAACAGAGGCUGCAAAGGUCAUUACUCAAAGACAAUACUGUGAGAGACAACAACCAAGUCCCACACGUUCAGUUAAAAAGGUUUGGAAGUCUCUAUUUAAGGAUGAUGCUAUUAUGGGUAUGGAUGAGGAAAUGAUGGAAAAUGGGUUAUCUCUAAAUGGUGGAGAACAUGUUAUGGACUCGUCUCUUGUUACCCUGCAGAAUGUGGCACUGGAAAAAGGGGAGGAGGAAUCGGAUGACACAGGUCGUGAGACAUCACUCACUGUGGGGGAGGGAGAAGCCUCGGAGGCGUCGAAGCUGGGAGACCAUCAAUCAAUUAAUCAGGAUGCUCUUGAUAUCCCUGCUGAGGAAGGGGAGAUGAUCUUUUCAGAUGCUGAAAUCGAAGGUAAUCCUCCCUCAGGUGAAAUUUGUGAUAACAAUUUUGAGGAUGAACUUGAGGAGAAUGGGGUAUCGAAAGAGACAAAUGCAGGGAAACAUGUCCUCAACGACAAGGGGCAAACCCACAAGACGGGUUUUAACCAGAAACGACCACCUCGGCUCAUAUAG